AUGACUAAAGAUUCUGGUUUAACGCACACAUCUAAACCGCCGGUACAAAAAACCCCUGUGAAAUUAUCAGACAAUUUGCCUUUAGAAACAGAAAGAUGUCGAGGGGGUAUGUGUCGAAAAUUUAGAUCUGGUCCAGUAGAGAGUCGGACACCAGAUUCUGAUGGUUCGUGCCCACCUAGCUUUCAUUCAGUUGUCACAGAUGGCGUGUCAUUGUGUGUUCACUCAUCAAAAAUGCUGAAGGUAAAUAAGAGACCAAAUAAGCUGCUAAACAAAAAUUUUCAUCAAGAACUGAAAAUAUCUAACAGACGUCUCAAGACUGGGAAACAAAAAGUAAAGAAAGGAAAAAUGAAGAAACCAAUCAACAUCCCAAUUCAAACUAACCAGCAUUCAGUUAUCUUUCAAAAAUAUACCGAAAAGAAAGAAGAGCAAAGAUGUGAAGAUGGUGAGGUUUUAAUUCAAACACUAGAGGGCGCAGUUUGUCGUAGAGAAUGUGAGUCUGGUCAAACUUUAAUCGAACAGAGGGGCAUAAGAAAAUGCGUCGACUCACCGUUCAAAAUCACGGUUGCCGUUUGUCCAGAAGGUGAAACCCCAACGCAGACAACAAUCGGCAUUGUUUGCGAAAAAAGUUCUAAUGGAAACAGACAACCAGGCGUUCCUCUGUGUGAACCUGGCGAACGUCUGGUCCAUUUACAAACUGGCCCGGCAUGCAUUCGGGCAAAAUCAAGAAGGCCAAAUUGCAGUGACGGACAGAAGCUUGUACAGUUAGGGAAAGAAUUUUAUUGCAUUUCGCCAAAAGCUCCAGCAAAACCGAAGUGUUCUGUUCAGGAAAAGGAGGUACAUACAAUUCAUGGAAUAGAAUGUCGUCCAAAACCUUGUCCCGAUAGUUUUAUUCCAAUAAAGACUGCAACGGGUACAAUUUGCCAGUCUGAAGUAAAGAGUGUUCCAGCAUCUCAGCAGGAAACAAAAAGAAAGUGUGCACCUGGUCAGACCUUGGUUACUACAGAGGAAGGAGAUGAAUGUUGGUUCGUGUCAAAUUCACAUACAUCCGACAUAACAUGUCCUCCUGGCCAAGUUCUGGUAAGAGGGACCACAUGUAAAGAUCCUGUACUGAUAUCUCCCGACGAAGUACCAUGUCCUCCCGGUCAGAGUUUGGUUAUGACAACAAAUGGCGUCCAGUGUCAGUACCGACGCAAACAGAACAAGAAAGAGUAUGUCCACAGAACACGAUGUCCAGAGGGGGAAAUCCUUACAUUGGAUGUGGACAAAUUCAUUUGCCGUUCUUUGAGGCAUGACAUUGAAAGCAUCGUCUGUGAUCCUGAACAAGUGGUGGUCCAGGGUCAAACAGGUAUUAUCGAAUGUGUUUCGGAAGAACAAACUAAUCUGAUUUGUGACUUUGGUUUGGUUCUGACUCGGGGUGUGCUUGGCUACGCGUGCAACCACGGUGGUCAUGCAUCAAUACCAAAUCAAGAGAAUGAAUGUGGACCAGGGGAGGUUAUAAGGGUGGAUGGAGGUAGCAGCAGGUGCGUAAAUGUGGAGGAUAAUGUACAGCUCUGUGGUCCUGGUCACGAAGUAGUGAUAGGUUUGUCUGGGGAGGUCGUGUGUAAAAACUUGGCAACAGAAUCCGAUGAUAGUGUUCGACCCUGUUCUGGUGACUGUACAAAUUUGAAUUGUGACGAGGGUCUGGUUCCUGGGCCAGGUCAAGGAUGUUUGGACUUAAAAACUGUCCGUGAAAUGGAAUGUGUGCCAGAAUGUGCUAACGGUGGCUCCUGUGAAGAUGGCCGAUGUGUUUGCCCUCCGGGACUUUCUGGUCCAGUUUGUCAUAAUGAUGUAGAUGAAUGUGCCACAUCAUCCAAUACUUGUCAGUUUUCCUGUCGGAACACCUUUGGAAGCUUCCACUGUGUCUGUCCAAGUGGAUUCACCACAAGUUCGGACAGAACAACAUGUAUUGAGGAGCAUUGCAUUCCUGGUUGUCUCAAUGGUGGUGUAUGCAAAAAUGGUAAAUGUCAGUGUCCAGAUGGAUUCUCGGGAACCCUCUGUCAAGAAGAUAUCAAUGAAUGUACCAGGUAUGUAAAUCCCUGUGAAGACAGAUGUCGUAAUACAUACGGGUCUUACUUCUGCAGCUGUCCUCCAGGAAGUCAACUAAGGGAGGAUAAAAGAACUUGCCAAAGUACCACCUGUAAUCCUACCUGUAUCAAUGGUGGUCGUUGUCAUAACAACCGCUGCAGGUGCCCUCCUGGGUUUUACGGAAUUAUUUGUCAACUAGAUCUGGACGAAUGUUUAUCGAAACCAUGUAAACAUUGUGUGAACACAAUUGGGAGUUACCACUGUAUUCAAUAAUUCACCAAAAUCCAGAAUAAAAAAAUAUUUUUAAUUCCUA